UGGAGUGGGUGUGGCGCGGGGGGUUCCGCCGCGGACUGGGGUCUACGUGACUGUCGGUUCGGGUCCCGGCGCGGGCGGGAGGAGGCGCCCCCGGGGCCAUGGCUGAGCCGGAGCAGCUCGGGAGCCGCUUCCAGCGCCGCUUCCUGGCGGGCCGGCCGCUCCGGUCCUUCCCCUGGGCGGAGCUUGAACAGAACCUGCGUGCAGCACCGGGUCCCUCGCUGCUGGCGGACAUCCUGCACCAGACUGUUCUCCACUCUCUGUGUGUAAAAUAUCCCCCUCCCACCAAGUACAGAAGAUGCUUCCUCACUGAACUCAUCAAAAAGCAUGAGGCCACGGGAGCUGAACCCCUCGAUGAACUGUAUGACACGCUGGCAGGUGUUUUGAAUGAAGAAGAAUCUACUCGCUGUUACAAAACCUACUUACUGCCCAUGGGAGAAUGUGUCACCCUUUCCGAGAGCGUGGCAAUGAUCUCUGGGGGAACCACGGGGCUCGUCACCUGGGAUGCUGCUCUUCACCUCGCUGAGUGGGCAGUAGAGAACUCAGCAGUUUUCCGUAACAGGACAGUUUUGGAACUAGGGAGUGGCAUCGGCUUCACUGGAAUUGCAAUCUGUAAAGCCUGCCAUCCCAAGCGGUUCAUAUUCAGUGACUGCCACCCCCGUGUUCUCCAAGAGCUGGCACAAAACAUCCGCUUGAACGGCUUUGUCCUGGAGCCUGGAGCUGCCCAUCACAUCCAAACGGAGCCCCACGACUGGGAGGCAGAGGCAGCAAAGCACCAAAACGUGGCACUCACUGUUGCAGAACUUGACUGGGGCUCAGUUACAGAAACCCAAGUGUCAGAUCUCCAUCCUGACGUCAUCAUUGCAGCAGAUGUGGUGUACGAUCCAGAGAUCAUUUUAGCCCUUAUUGGUAUGCUCCAGAAACUCUCUGCCUUUGGAGCAGACGGAAAACCUCCAGAUGUCUACAUUGCUUCCACAAUCCGUAACCCGGACACCUAUCACCUCUUCCAGGCUGAGCUCUAUAAAGCUGGGAUCAGAUGGCAGGUUAUUCCAGCCCACGGCCACAGGAUUCUUCUCGAUGACAUGCAACCGAAUGUGACUAUUCUCCAGCUAUUUGUACAGCCUCAAAUCCGACAGAGUGAGGCUUUUCAGACCAACAGGAGCAAUCCUUGCAACAAGACUAUCUUGAAUUCUCCAAACGCACAGGAGAGGCUCCGAGCAUCACAGUAAAAUCACACCAGAGGACAUUCAGCACUUGUCUAAGGAAGGUGAGCCAGGAAUAUUAACUGGUUCACAAAACAAACCCCACUGGACCCUCAGUUCAAACACAGCAACUCGGAUAAAAGGCACCUCUUAUUUCCAAGAAAAAAAUACUCCAAGCACCUCCUGAAGCGCUUCCCACACAGCAGGUCCAGCUGGCAACAGCUGAGAAAUGGAUUUAAGUAAGUUCACCAAAAAGUGACUUUUUAGCAGCGGAAGUAACAGGUCUCGCUCACACAAGUUCCUCGAGGAACUCCACUUCCCUCCCACUUCCCACAGCUUCACCCCAAGUGAUAUGGAAGGCAAGGCAGGCCAGAAGGCAAGGCUUAAGCUCUCCUGCACAGGAAUUACGUCUUCCCGCAGGA